CCCUUCUUCUCCUUCCUCCGUCCGUCCACUCCAUCACCCUCACCUGUAUAAAUGAGUGGCCAACCACGUUGAGAUCCUCGGCAAAGCACAACCAGCUAGCUCCAGCCUCCAUACAUCACUCCCCCCCCCCCCCCCCCCCUCCGCUCUUCAAUCAUCCCUCGUCCCCGUCUCUAGUUGCCUCCUCGUCGUAAAGGCUAAGUGGACGAAGGAGCCAGCUUUCCGUUCAUCGGGUACGUAACGUUGAUUUCUUCCCCGCCGGAGAAAGACGACAGAAGCAACAAACGAAAGAGAGAUGAAGAGCAGGAGGCAGAGCAGCGGGGGUAGCUCGGCCGCGGCUGCAGGGGAGGGUAACACGCACAGCAGCGGCGGCGGCUGCAAGAUGGAGAGGAAGGACGUGGAGAAGAACAGGAGGCUGCACAUGAAGGGCCUCAGCCUCAAGCUCUCCUCCCUCCUCCCUCCUGCCGCCAAGCACGCGUCCCUCCUCUCGGAAGCAGCAGCAGCCAAUCCCAGCAAGGACACGGUGACGCGGCUGGACCACCUGGACAACGCCGCGGCGUACAUCAAGCAGCUCAAGGAGCGGAUCGAGGAGCUGAAGCAGAGGAAGGACGGCGGCGGCCAUAGCAGCUCCUGCCACACGCAGGGAACGGCGGCCGCAGCCGGCGUGCUCAUGCCGAUGGUCGAGGCGCGGUACCAGGACGGGACGCUGGACGUGGUGCUCAUCAGCGACGCCGGGCGGCCGUUCAAGCUGCACGAGGUGAUCACGGUGCUGGAGCAGGAGGGCGCCGAGGUCGUCAGCGCCAGCUUCUCCGCCGUCGGCGACAAGAUCUUCUACACCAUCCACUCGCAGGCUCUCAGCUCCAGGAUCGGGCUCGAGGCAUCUAGGGUCUCGGAGAGGCUGCAAGGCCUCCUCGUCUGAACCUACCGAAAGCGUCGAGUGAGUCGGCUGCCAGCCAGCCAGAAAUCAAGACAGUGACAGUUCAGUGGCUUGUUUGCGCUGUCACGAUUCAGGAAGGCCUACGAACAAGACGGUAUUAACGGAAUAAUCAGUCCAUUAAUGUUGUGUAGCCAAGACGUACUUAACGCAGUGGUAGAUUGAGAGAUGCAUCUCUAUGACCGGCUCUGAUUCAUGGAAAGGGAAGCUGGUUAAUUUGAAGUUGUGCAUAUGUAGGAGCAAUCAAUCAAGCAAGCAUACUGCCUUUUAUAUA